UUGUUACACAAAUUAGAUAACGUAUCGUAUCACAAUGAUCGGAAUUGUAGAGAAUCGUGAUUGGCUCUUAAUUUGAUACGAUGUACAAGUAAAAGUAAUAUAAGUUGCCCGUAAAGGUUUAUUUGCGAUUCGUCUGUGAUUUUUCCACUUCCACAAUCGGAACAAGAUGGGAUCGUACACUUAUAUCUCUGCAUUUAUAGGGAACGUAAUCGGGUUCAUAGCCGGAUGUUCGUUGACGUGGACGUCGCCCGAACUGAAGAGACUGGAGGAAGAAGAUGAAGUGCUGGGCAAAAUGUUGGACAAAGAUUCAAGUGAGAUCGCCUGGAUCGGAGGUCUCAUGCCUUUCGGUGCGAUCUUUGGGCCGAUCGUCUUUGGCUAUUUGGCGAACCGGAUCGGACGUAAGCCUUCCCUCCUCAUUGCCGGAAUUCCCUUCACCGCGGGAUAUCUGAUUUUGGCGGUUGCCGGCAACGAGUGGGCCUUUAUGGUCGCCCGUUUCUUGAUCGGCGUGGGAGUGGGAGCCGUCUUCACCGUCUUGCCCAUGUACAUCGCCGAAGUGGCGGAAGACUCGAAUCGAGGUGCGCUGGGAUCCUCCAUGAACUGUUUCAUCUGCUUGGGACUGCUCUGCACCUACUCCAUCGGACCGUACGUGUCCUGGGUGGUGUUCAACGUUAUUCUGACCAUCUGCCCGAUCGCUUUCAUGCCGCUCUUCUGGUUCUUGGGCACCGAGACGCCUCAUCAUCUGAUCGGCAAGGGCGACAUAGACGGAGCGAAACAAGUUCUGCACAAGCUCCGCGGUCAAGACUCGGAAAAAGAGUUUAACGUCAUCCACGAGACCAUCACCAACGAAUCGGAGGGUUCGUUUAAGGAUCUCUUCCAAUCGAAGGCGAACAAAAAGGCCGUGAUCAUUUCGUUGGGUCUGCUGUGCCUGCAACAGAUGUCCGGCAUCAACGCCGUCCUCUUCUUCGCCGAAGACAUUUUCGACAAAGCUGGAACGUCGCUCUCUCCGGCCGUGUGUUCCAUCUUGGUCGGACUGACCCAGUUCCUCACCAGCUUCGUUUCGCCGUUGUUGGCCGAUCGUCUCGGUCGCAAAAUCCUUUUGGUCGCAUCAGCUGUGGGAAUGUUUAUUGCCGAAGUUCCCCUCGGCGUGUUCUUCCACCUGCAAAACGAAGACCCGUCCAAAGUGGAGGACAUCAAAUUCCUGCCCAUCCUCUGUUUGAUCUUCUACAUCAUCACAUACAACAGCGGCUUCGGGCCGCUCCCAUGGUCGGUCAGCGCCGAAUUGUUUCCCAACAACGUCAAAUCCGUAGCUUCGACGUUGUCGGCUUCCGUCUGUUGGUUCUUCGGCUUCCUGAUCGCAUUUUUCUUCGGCCAGAUUAGCUCGGCGAUCGGUCAAGGUCCAGCUUUUUGGAUAUUCUCCGGAUUUUGCGCCAUCGCCUUUGUCUUCUCUCAGUUCUAUGUGAUCGAGACCAAAGGGAAGAACAUAAGCGAAAUUCAAAAGAUUCUUGAAAACUAGUCGAAUCACCCAUUACUAAGCGACCUCCUCCAUUCCGUCCAUCUUUUUAGCUAUCAUUUUAAUUUUCAAAGGAAAAUUGAAAUCUCAGCUUCACGAGCGACUUUUACUCAUUUUGAGGUGAAAUGAACACCGACGAAUAUGGUAGAUUUCUACCCUUAAUGUUUGUAAACAAAUACCACUGGUUGGUUAAAUAAUUUAUAUUUAUGAAAUAGAUAGUCUAAUUGUUACAAAUAAAAACAAACUCAAAUAUU